AUAAAAACGGCAAUCAAAUAGCAGCAGAAGACGAAUGCUUGCCGCUGUGUUCGUGUGCUCUGUCGAGACUUCCUUAUCGGGGAGCCGAUGUCGCAGCUGUGCGUAGCGCUCCGUCUGCGGGUCUGAAAGCCGAAGCUACAGCGGCUGGAUUGUGGGUCUGGCCAAGUGGCAAUGCGCAGCUCCUCCCAGACUUCUUCGCAGCAAAGCCCGGGGGGCACGGAGUACCAUCCUGAAGGCUACGGCGAGCACGACCAGCUGCCCAUCGUGUACAGUGAUGCUUACAACAUCUCCUUCUAUGGCCUGGAGAAGGUGCACCCCUUUGACGCAGGAAAAUGGGGCAAGGUGUUCACUGCACUCAGGCGUGCUGGUCUUUUGACAGAUGGCAACUUUUACCAGCCUCAUGAGGCGACUGACGAGGAGCUGUUGGUCGUGCACACACCCUCCUACAUCAGCAAGCUUAAAUGGAGUGCAUACGUUGCCACGGUGACGGAGGUGCCUUUCAUGGCCAUGCUUCCCAACUGCGUGGUUCAGAGACGGGUGCUCAAGCCCUUUCGCUUCCAGACUGCUGGCACUGUUCUGGCUGCACGGCUUGCCCUGGAUCAUGGCUGGGCAAUCCACCUCGGCGGUGGAUUUCACCACGCAAGUGCCCGCCGGGGUGGCGGCUUCUGCUGCUACGCCGACAUCACCCUUGCUGUACGCGAGCUACAGCGGCAUGGCAACAUCAAGCACGUCAUUGUGGUUGACUUGGAUGCACACCAGGGCAAUGGAUAUGCACGUGACUUCCUGGGUGACAAAGAUGUGUAUAUAAUGGAUGUCUACAACAGAGCGAUCUACCCAGGUGACGAGUAUGCCAAAGGGGCCAUACGGCGCAAGGUGGAGUUGCGGCCGGGCACUUCAGAUGAGGCCUACCUAAAACUGGUGGACGACCACUUGCAGAUGGCCCUGGCCGAAUUUGACGCUGACUUGGUUGUCUACAAUGCCGGCACGGAUGUCCUCAGUGGCGACAUGCUCGGCCACCUCAACAUUUCGGAGAAGGGCGUAGUGCAGCGCGACGAGCUGGUAUUCCGGCGAGUCCGCAAGCAGGGCCUGCCGGUGGUGAUGCUGACCAGCGGCGGCUACCAGCGCCAGUCGGCGCGCGUCAUCGCCCGCUCGGUGCUGAACCUGUGUCGCCGGGGCCUGCUGGCCAGGCGGCCGCCGCCGCGCCGCACGACAAGCAGCGCCGCCGCGCACGAGGACAAGAGCUCAGAAGAAGGGAAGUGAUGAGGAACUCUCUGACUGGCGACGCAAUACACCGGCGACCGUAGCCACGGCUUUUCGCAUUUAUCAGAGAAUAUACGCGAUCCCGCCUAUACGAUCUUCCUUCACCGAUCUGUCUUAAUUCCUCUGGCCACUAUCUACUCGUUCUUUUGUUCACCGACGCUUGUUGGUUAUAUAUAUAUAUAUAUAUA